AUGCUCUUGCAACUGGGCAACCCUGUUAUUACAGGUUUCUCCUAUGAAGGCCGUGCAGACAGUUACCAGACGAGCACCUGGUCCUUAGGAGAGAAAUAUAUCAAAGAAUACAAUGGCUGGUUCCUGGAGCAACAAACACAGUUUUUACUGGGAAGGGAUAACUUUAAUAACUUUUUAAACUUCAUGGGGCACCUGUCCUAUCAGUGUGACAAGCUGUUAGGGGACAAAGAGAUGAUAACUUUCCUCUGGAGGCAACAUUUUGACAUCACCAUCCUCGAUGCUUUUAACCCCUGUUCCUUCAUACUGGCACACAGACUUGGUAUAUCUGCUGUUCAUAUCACUUUGGUUUACUAUCACCAUUUAAUAUCCUCUACCAUUACUACACUAUUUGUUUAUUCAAACGUAAAUCUAAAUAAAUCUGUCAACAUGAAUAUCAUUCCAGGUGUCCAAUACAUAGCUUUCUAUCCUGGCACUCUGAACGGUCCUCUGUCCAUUGCUCUUCCCAGCCCACUCUCCUACAUCCCAGUCUUCAGCUCCCAGCUGUCCGACAACAUGAACCUCUGGGGUCGUGCAAAGAACCUCUUUUAUUCUUUCCUGGCUCCUGUAGGCCAGGAACUUGUAUGGUUGACAUUUAGGGAAGUAGCUGAGCGCCACCUUGAGUCAGGCUCACCCCCUGGUGGCCUGAAGGAGUUCCACCAAGGAGCUGAACUCUGGGCUUUCAACACUGACUUUUCACUGGAGUUCCCCCAGCCUCUAAUGCCCUACACUGUGCUGGUGGGAGGUCUGCUGAAUAAACCUGGCAAAGCCUCCAGACCAGGUCUGUAUUCUUUAUACACAGAUAGGUUAGUGAGACUCAGGUUUUCAAAUCUGCAAAUUUCCUCUAUGGCCCAUACUCCAACCCUUUUGAUUCCUCAGGAUCUUGAAUUGUGGAUCUCCAGUUUUGGAGAAGCAGGUUUCAUUGUGGUGACUCUGGGAUCCAUGGUCUCUUCAAUCUCUGUGGACCUUCUGCUUGUGGAGCUGGUGGCUGGCUUCUCUGAGAUUCCUCAGGGGGUGCUCUGGAGGUAUGACCCCAAGCGAUGGCCGGCUCACCUGGACAGACCUCCCAAUCUCAGGCUAGUGGACUGGCUACCUCUUAAUGACCUGCUGGGCCACAAAAAAGCACGUCUCUUUAUCACCCAUGGUGGACAAAACAGCCUGCUACAGGCAGUGUACCAUGGUGUUCCUGUACUGGGAAUCCCCCUGUUUGGAGACCAGUUUGACAAUGUGGUCAGGGCUGAAACAAAAGGACUUGGCCUCACCAUCAACCCCACGUGCAUCACCAGGGAACGCCUCAGCUCCACUAUUCAAAUACUCAUUCAGGACAUUAGGUUCAAGUCUUCAGCUCUGUCCCUCAGCCAGAUCCACAGAACCCAUCCUGUCCCUCCAGCCCUUCGACUCAUCCAGUGGGUGGAGCACAUCUUGCACUCUGGAGGUGGUGCUCAUUUGAGGCCAACUUCACUGAUGCAACCAUGGUACCAGAGAUACCUGCUGGACCUGGUGCUUCUUUUCUGUCUGGGGCUUCUUGGACCUGUAAUUCUCUGCUGGACUUUCUGUAGGAACAAGAACAGCAGGGAUAAACAGAAAAAAAUGCACUAGCGGCACUACAAUUCAGAUUGACACCUCAGUUCUGUGUCACUUGUUUAUUUUGGACUUCUUGUAUACUGUACUAUACUGUAUAUGAGAACUUAAAAACCCUAAAAUACUUUUAUUGAAUAAUGUUCAAUAAAUAAGCCAUGCUUGUGGUAACCAAUUCAUACAAUAUGUCUCAAGGACAAAAAUAUAACUUAAUUUUUCUUUUCAGAAUAUUCCCUUUAAUUAUCAA